ACGACGGUGAGUCCGCUGGAGAACGCCAUCGAGACGAUGGGACAAACCAAUGAGAAAAUCCUCACCAUGAUCAACCAGUACCAGUGUGACGACGCUUUACCCAUAAACCCUCUCUCCAUGCUGCUCAACGGCAUCGUGGACCCCGCCGUCAUGGGCGGCUUCGCCAAAUACGAGAAGGCGUUCUUCACGGAUGAAUACAUGCACGCACAUCCUGAUGACAGAGACAAACUCCUGAGACUCAAAGACCUCAUCGCAUGGCAGAUCCCGUUGUUGGGCAGAGGAAUCAGUCUGCAUGGAAAAAGUGUGACGGAUGACCUUCGACCUUUCCACGAGCGCAUGGAGGAGUGCUUCAAACAACUGAAGAAGAAGGUGGAGAAGGAGUACGGAGUGAGAGAGCUGCCUGAUACGGAUGAGAGACGAUCCACUCGGCCGCGCUCUAUGCUGCGCUCAGUCCGACAGUCCAUCUGCUCAUUGGCUGGAUCUGAAUGUGGAACGCCCACUAAGACACACCCAGAGAGCAUAUCUCUGGACAGUGGCGUUCCUCCCUUUCCGUCCAUCAUCCCUCGUUCCAGUGGAAGCAUCAGUGUGAUGGAUGAGAGUGGUGUUGAAGUGGAGGUGAGGAUGAUGAAGAUAUUGCU